UCAGUCAGCCAUCGUCAAUCAGCAAUGGUACUCACUACUUCCAUUGUUGUUGCCAGCAUCCUCUUCAUCCUUUUCAAGCUUGCAACUCGUCCCAAAUCCAACAAAAACCUCCUUCCAGAGCCAUGGAGACUCCCCAUCAUCGGUCACAUGCAUCAUUUGAUUGGUACAAUGCCACAUCGUGGUGUUAUGGACUUAUCUAGAAAGUAUGGAUCUUUGAUGCAUUUACAGCUUGGUGAGGUUUCAACCAUCGUGGUAUCGUCUCCGAAAUGGGCAAAAGAGAUCUUAACGACCUAUGAUAUUACGUUUGCAAACAGGCCCGAGACAUUGACAGGCGAGAUUAUUGCAUAUCAUAACACAGAUAUCGUUCUUGCACCAUACGGUGAAUACUGGCGGCAAUUGCGAAAGCUUUGCACUUUGGAGCUUUUAAGUGUCAAGAAAGUGAAGUCGUUUCAAUCGCUUCGAGAAGAAGAGUGCUGGAAUUUGGUUCAAGAAGUUAAAGCAUCGGGAUCAGGGAGACCAGUCGAUCUUUCUGAGAACAUUUUCAAGAUGAUUGCUACAAUAUUGAGUCGAGCUGCAUUUGGGAAAGGAAUCAAGGAUCAAAAAGAGUUCACGGAGAUUGUGAAAGAGAUCUUGAGGCAGACGGGAGGUUUCGAUGUGGCUGAUAUUUUUCCUUCGAAAAAGUUUCUUCAUCAUCUUUCGGGCAAGAGGGCUAGGUUAACCAGCAUACACAAGAAGCUCGAUAAUUUGAUCAACAACAUCGUUGCCGAACACCCCGGGAACACCUCGAGUAAAUCGAACGAGACCCUGCUCGAUGUGCUGCUAAGGCUCAAAGAUAGCCCUGAGUUCCCAUUGACAGCCGAUAACGUGAAAGCUGUCAUCUUGGAUAUGUUCGGAGCAGGCACAGACACUUCAUCGGCCACAGUCGAAUGGGCGAUUUCCGAACUGAUAAGGUGUCCGAGAGCAAUGGAGAAAGUACAAGCCGAACUAAGACAAGCACUCAAAGGAAAAGACAAGAUCAAAGAGGAAGAUAUUCAAGAUCUCAGCUAUUUAGACCUAGUGAUCAAAGAAACAUUAAGGUUGCACCCUCCUCUACCCUUGGUUAUGCCAAGAGAAUGCCGACAGCCCGUAAAUUUGGCUGGAUACAAUAUUGCCGACAAGACCAAGCUUAUUGUGAAUGUCUUCGCCAUCAAUAGAGACCCUGAAUACUGGAAAGACGCUGAAAGUUUCAUCCCAGAAAGGUUCGAAAACAGCCCUACAAACGUCAUGGGAGCCGAAUAUGAGUAUCUGCCAUUUGGGGCGGGAAGAAGAAUGUGUCCAGGAGCCGCGCUGGGUUUAGCCAACGUGCUGCUCCCGCUGGCUACCAUUCUUUAUCACUUCAACUGGAAACUCCCAAAUGGUGCUAGCCAUGAGCAACUAGACAUGACUGAGAGCUUUGGAGCCACUGUUCAGAGGAAGACUCAUUUGGUACUGGUACCAAGUUUUUAAAGCCAAAACUAAUGAAUCAGUCUUGAAAUAAUUUCGUUUUGUAUGUUAUGGAUCAGAGAUUUGAAGGUCCAUUAUUUAAUUUGCUUUUCAAGUGCUCAGUUAUUGUAACAAUCUACAUCUUAUAUUAUGAAAUAAAAUUUUUGGU